AUGGAGAUUGGAAAUGGAAGACACAUCUCGUUUUGGUACGAUAAGUGGUCUGAUAAGGGUAUUAUAGCGGAGGUUUUGGGUGAUAGAGGGAUGAUUGGUUUGGGAAUAAGGAAAGAAGCUACGCUAGCAGAGGCUGCGUUGAGGUUCAGACGUAAAAGGAAGCACCGGCUAGAAUUUUUGAAUGAGUUGGAGAGGAGUUUAGACACUGUGAGAAGUUUGAUCUGUAAUGAAAGUGAAGACAUAAGUACAUGGAGAGGUAAAAUGGGUUACAAACCAAACUUUUCAACUCGUGAGACUUGGGACAAAUUACGAGAGGUAAAUGAGAAGCAGAUGUGGGCUAAAGGGGUUUGGUUCUCUAUGGCGACUCCGAAAUUUGCAUUCAUAGUCUGGUUGGCAAUGACGAACAGAUUAUCUACUAUGGAUAGAAUUGCCAAAUGGAGCCAAGGAGUAGACAAUGUGUGUGUGCUCUGUCAUACUGAAGCAGAAACCCGAGAUCAUUUAUUUUUCAAAUGCUCAUAUUCUGACCUGUUAUGGAGGUAUCUAGUUGGUGGGAUUCUUGGCAGUUCUUAUAUGGAUGGUUGGACUGAGAUAGUGCAGAAGACGUCGGGUAGUACACUGGAUAAGAAGAGUUUAUUUUGCUAG